UCGGAUAAACCGCACCUGGCAACCAGUCUCGGCUCUAGCGAGAGCGGUGUGCGUCUGUAAGUUGUCGCCAUCAUAUCUGGCUAAAUGUUAACCUAGCUCCCAAGUCAGUCAGCCAGCCGUUGUGUCCGCGGAUAUAAAGUUGCUGAGAUCGCCAGCCUCCCUUUGUUCCUUGUGUGGAGUUUUUUUGUGAGCUGGCGCGAUGUUGGUAAUCGGCAAACGCGUCUAGGAUGUCGCUGUAUUGUGUAUAGUUUACCCACAUUAGCGGAGCUGGAGUCUUGAGAAGCAGCAAGGGGCGGCGGGCUGCUAAAAAAGCGUCGCUACCUAACAGCGAUUCCCGCUAGUUAGUUAGCCGGCGAGCAGGCAAACCUCAGGAGACACUCGGAGCGACUAGAGACGCGGCCGUGAGCGCUGCUAAGAUCAACCGUCGCCGGUGGUUUCCGCUGUCGUCCCCCGUUGUUAGGUUUCGUAACGUACCGUAGCCAAGGAGCUAGCAGCGUCACGGGGCUAGCUGCGACUCCGCUGAGAAACCGAGAAGAUCCGCGGCCAGCUGAGCUAAAUAACCGGCUGGGAUUGGUCUGCCACGGUGGGAGUCUGAUAAACUGGAGCUGGCAUCGUCACAUUUCCUUUCUCUAAUACCAGGCUGCUGGGCCUGACAACCGAGAGGAUGUCUGAGGGAGAGAACAAGCAGGCCCCGGACCCAGCCCAGGAGGUGAAGACGGAGGCGAUGGCAGCUGCACCCGCGGGCCAAGGAGUGUCGUCGGUGUCCCCCCCCGUGUCCAUGGUGACCCAGCCUCCAGCCACUGCUGCCACAGAGGAUGAGGAAGAGGAGAGCGAGGAUGAGUCGGAGAUUUUGGAGGAAAGCCCGUGUGGACGCUGGCAGAAACGCAGAGAAGAGGUGAAUCAGCGCAACGUCCCCGGGAUCGAUAAUGCUUACUUGGCCAUGGACACUGAGGAAGGAGUUGAAGUGGUGUGGAAUGAGGUCAUGUUCUCGGAGAGGAAGAAUUUCAAACUACAAGAGGAAAAAGUCAAAGCAGUGUUUGACAAUUUGAUCCAGCUGGAGCACUUGAACAUUGUGAAAUUCCACAAAUAUUGGGCGGAUGUUAAAGAGAACAGAGCGAGGGUCAUUUUCAUCACUGAAUACAUGUCCUCAGGAAGUCUCAAACAGUUUUUGAAAAAGACAAAGAAAAACCACAAGACCAUGAAUGAAAAGGCCUGGAAGCGCUGGUGCACACAAAUACUGUCUGCUCUCAGCUACCUGCACUCCUGUGAACCUCCCAUCAUCCACGGCAACCUGACCUGUGACACCAUCUUCAUUCAGCACAACGGCCUCAUCAAGAUCGGUUCGGUUGCUCCGGACACCAUUAACAACCAUGUGAAAACCUGCCGGGAAGAGCAGAAGAGCCUUCACUUUUUUGCUCCAGAGUAUGGAGCUGUUGCCAAUGUCACCACAGCCGUGGAUAUCUAUUCCUUUGGAAUGUGCGCCUUAGAGAUGGCUGUGUUGGAAAUCCAGAGUAAUGGAGAUUCGUCUUACGUGUCCCAAGAAGCCAUAAACAGUGCCAUUCAGUCCUUAGAGGACCCAUUGCAGCGGGAAUUUAUCCAGAAGUGUCUGGAGGUAGAUCCCAGUAAGCGACCCACAGCUAGGGAGCUGUUGUUUCACCAGGCCUUGUUUGAGGUGCCCUUACUGAAGCUGCUGGCUGCACACUGCAUUGUUAGCCACCAGCAUAUGAUUCCAGAAAAUGCUUUAGAGGAGAUGACGAAGAACAUGGACCCAAACUUGGUGAUUGUUGAGGCCAAGGAGGGAGUUCAGAUGAAGCUCUCUCAGUUCCCUGCCCUUGAGCUGGACAAGUUUCUGGAAGAUGUAAGGAAUGGGAUCUAUCCUCUGACUGCGUUUGGGAUCCCAUGUCCACAACAACCUCAGCAGGAGGCGGUGAAGUCACCCAUCGUGCCCCCCUCAGUCAAAACCCCAACUCCUGAACCUGCAGAGCUUGAGACCAGGAAGGUCCUUCAGAUGCAGUGUAAUAUCGAGCCGGUUGAUGAGGGCGCCAAGCAUCAUCUGACCUUGCUGUUGAAACUUGAGGAUAAAUUGAACAGGCACUUGAGCUGUGAUUUGUUACCAAAUGAGAACGUGCAGGAGCUGGCUGUGGAGCUUGUUCAGUUGGGAUUUAUUAGUGAGGGGGAUCAGCCACGACUUGCAUCCGUUUUGGAAGAGGCCUUCUCCAAGUUCUACAGCCGGAACGGUUCUCUCAAUCCGGUGACCGUUUCCUCGUAGCGGAGGGCUCGCCGGGCCUUCUUUCAGCCCUCCUUGUCCUCCACAACAGGACUAGCUUUUUGCUUCACCUCUGAGUUGCAGGAAAGCGCUGUGAGGACAGCGGAGGAAGCGUUGGUCUGGUUGCAGAUCCUGCAGCCUGUCCUUGUAUCUUCUGGUGGGAAAAGCUGCCACUAAGUGGUUGUUGGCUUUCUAUCUUUUUUUUUUUUUUUUUUUUCCUCCCACCCAAUACAGCCAUCUGCUUCUCUUUUAAAAGAGGAAAUCCUAGUUGCAACUUAAAGGAAAAUACAAAUGUUUCCACUUUUUGGCUUAUUUCUCUCAGUUUCUAAGUAGACACAAAAUGGCAGAGGUAAGCAAAAUAAAACUGGAUAACAGCAGUAUUUUCCUUAAGUCAGUAUUAAAAGUGUAUUUUAAACAUUUGUACGUAAAAUUGUUUAAUAGUUGUCUGUAUGAAAAAAAUCUUUGUCCCGGCAUACUGAAGUGUAUGUAUUAUGGUGUUGUAAGGUUAAGUCCGGUUGUCUGGUCCUUUUAAACUUUCUCUUGAGCAGUGAGUGAGGCAUCUUCCUACCUUGUAUCAAUUUUUUUAUUUUUUUUUUUUAUUUUUUUUUUCUCGAAGACUCUCGAAUGCGUCAAGCUCGUAAUGCAACAGAUGCAACGUCACUUCAAAAUUCUGUAAUUAUUUCAACGUAGUCAUGCAACAUGUAGCUGCAACACAACCUGAAGAGCUACUGAUAAAAUAUGAAAAAUCAAACUAUUUAUUUGUGUAUCUUUUCUUGAGUGUGUACCGUACUUCACUUCCAGCACUAAGGCCGGUGGUUGUUUGAAUGUAUGCUUUUACUUGCUCUUCUCCUUCAAAUCGUGCUGUUAUUUUCUAUGAAAAGGGGUGUCGGCUGUGGUCCAACUAUUGCUAGCUUCUGUUUUCUAAUAGCCCAUUGCAGCACUUACCGACGAGGGCUUGGUCAGCGAGUUGUCUUUAGGUGGCACUUUACACCAUAGAGGUUGGUUUAGAUCCAUGUGAAAGGUGCUUUUGGCACUCAAGCACAUGAGCUGACAGUUGUUUGUCAACAGGUUUGGUGAAUGCAUGUAUGCAUUUCUAUGUCUAAAUGGAAACUGAUGCAUGCAACACGUUUGCUUCUGGAUUUGUUUUUUUUUUUGUUUUUUUUUUUAAAUUGAUGAUGGUGAUAUUCAGUUUAUCCUGCUGAGAGAGUUUCGUCAGCUUAGGCCCGUCAACAUUUAGAAUUCGUCUCUGAAGCAGUAGUUUCCUUCAUGGCUGAGGUAUUCUGCAUGACACCAUAGCUAAAACAUGCUCUUGCCACUUAGAAACUCAGUUACUGGCUCAGACCAAUCUGUUAACUGUUUUGAGAAUCUCUCUGCUUGUUUGCACUACUGUACACUUUUUUUUUUUUUUAAUCCUGUUGGAAAUGUCCUGUGGCCUCCGGCUUCUUCACACCAACAGGAGGAAGUUAGAGGAUUUGGAAAUGACGUCAGUAAAGCUGUGGUCGGCGAUCGAGUCUCUCCUACCGUAUGCUGUGACUUACCCUCUGUUAGGGUCUGUAGAUACUGCGAGAUACAAGUGUGGGACUGCCUGGCAUGCUUGUAACCAUCUUGUACACUGUAUGCUGGACACUGUGCUCUGUUUCUGCUACGCAUUUACCCCCUUUUUUCACUUCCUGAAAUAAAAAAAAAUUACACU